AUGCUUUUUCUCAUUUUCUUUUUCGUUCUCGAUUUUGUUGCAGCAAGGGAAAUCGCGUCAAUUUAUGUUCCGCCAGCUGCUGAUAAAUGCAAAUUGGGCAAAGAGUGGGUGAUCGAUUUCAUCAAAUUCAAGUGCUUCCAAUUGAACAAAGACGGCGGGAUCACGAAAGGAAUCCGAGCAAUCGGUUGCGUACCGGAUAAUCACCAAGAUGGGAAAGUGAUCUUGAACGGAACAACGUGGACAGAUUCCCAUUUCACGUACCUCUGCAAUAAGACAAAACUCGAAACAGGCUCGGUGAUAACUUUCAAACCGAUCAACUGUCUUGAUUCGAAUUUGAAAGUUUUAAAAGCCGGCGAGAAUCGAAAAAUGGAAGAUGGAUCGACGUAUAAGUGUUUCUUCGAUAAAGAGAUGGACGUUCAUCUAAGCAUUGAUGGAAGCAAUCCGGGCUGCGUCGAGGGAGUCGGGAUCUACAAGGAGCGAGCCACCUGGAUGAGAUAUCGACCGAUUGAGGUCGAGAUCUCUAAGGGGAAAAGUAUGCAAAUUGGGGUCGGUGUUGCGACAACUUGCCUGAAGGAUGCGGACGGGAAAUACUAUGCCAAGGAGUACGGUUGCAUCACAGCCGACAAUCAUCGCGUUGAACCGGACGGUUAUGGGGUGGUCGAUAAGCAAGUUGUGAAAUGUGUUAAGGGCCGGGACGAGAAGUUGCACUUUGAGCUCGCAAAUGAGGAUUUAGUUUCUUGUAAAGUUAAUGGAAAACGAGUAACGGCUGAAACUGAGUGGGAUGACGUUGAGAAAAAGGAGCGAUUACUUUGCCAUUACGGGAAAAUCAUUAAAGCUGGUUGUCUUGUUGAAAACGAGUUUAUUCCGGUGAACGAGUUUCGCUAUAUAAAAGGCACUGGCUAUCAAUGCGGCGAAAAAAUCGGCGAAUCAUCAGUGAAUUUCGGGAAUUUAAAGGGUUGCACUCUUUUUAAUGGAACGCUUGUCGAGUUUUUUCACGAAUUUGACACAGAAGACAGGGUGAACCUUUGCCGCUUCCGCGUCGACAACGGCGUCGUCUCGGCUUUCGUGCAACAGAUCUAUUGUCUAUAUCGGGGCAAUCGAUUGGCGUUUGGUGAGACGCAAGCCAUUGGCAAAGAAGUUAUCAAAUGCGAGUUGAAAGGAAACGAGUAUAUUGCCCGGAAAUUGAGCGAAAUCGAGAUGAAAGCAUGGAAAGAGAAAGCGGAAAGAGCUGGUUUCAUUUCUGCUGAUUUUGAAGCUGUUGAUGGUGAAGGACAAGGGCAAUACAUCAGAGAAACGACAAAAGCCCCAACCACCGCUACGAUCAAGAAAGUUGAUUGCAAGGAUCAUUUGGACGAGCAGAUUUGCACACGAUUGAGUUUGAUUUGCCGCGAAAAGGGGAAAUUGGAUGAAAUUGGAGAGAUCAUGCAGAUUCUGGAGAUAAAUAAAGUCGAAAAGAAAGCACAAGAAAGGGUGCAUCAAUUAAUCAAAGGGAAAAUGGAAAGGAUUCCUUUUGACAACAUGACAGCCACAA